GACCCGAGAUGCCGAUGGGACUCGAGCGCGCGCGCCGACGAGCCAAGUGUCAGUGCGAUCAUGCCCGAAACGGGGUGGAUCUUAAAUCAUAACCGCGAGAUGAAGCCGUGAGAGCGCGCAUCGCCUGCGCACUGUAUGGAUCACCCACCCGCGGAUCCUGAGAGCAGCGUCUUAGUGUUGUCUGCCCUUUCACAUCUGCACCAUUGAGCCCCGAGCGGCCAGGCUGCCUCGAGCUGCGAGGCUGUUCGGCGGACGCGAGCCCACUUACUUUCUGCUCGUCAUUAUAAUCACGAACAAGAUGAAGCGGCGGAAAACGGUGCUGGCGGCGGCGUUCUGCUUCUCCUUUUGUCUGGGCACGCUCAUGAACGUGCUCUUCGUGCCGGGCUUCGAACCACACCAGAGCCGCGACGCGGCACCGCAGCGCUCUUUGACAGAAACGCACUCAUCUGUCAGUGCGCCUGGAGGAACCGCACCGAUCCCGGGGUCCGGCGGCACCGGAGCGCGCAGCGAUCUGCGCUUACAGAUACUCCGGAGACUCGGAGAGGUGCUCCGGUACCAGAGUCGGCUCGAAGACGCACGAUCACUCGAACGCAGACGGCUGAUGGAUCUGGAACGGGCGAGCAGCUGGGAUCAGUACCGAGCCGCGGAGAGAACCGGGGACGAUCACGCGCGCGCUGCAGGCGGGUCAGGCGGUGCGCUCGGGUGCGGGGCCCUGGAGAGACCCAGCAGUGUGCAGUUUGUGGGCUCGGGAUACACCAAAGCCGUGUACCGAGCGGAACUGAACACCAGCUUCUCCGUGGCCCUCAAAUCCGUGGACCUCACCGGACACGACAUGGAGAGCUGCGUGAAAAGGUACAGCUCAGCUGAGGACUGUUACCGGCUCGCUUCAUUCAAGAUCAUCAAAGAGAUGACGCUCAUGGAGAGACUUCAACAUCCCAACAUCCUCAAGCUGUAUGGCUACUGCUAUCAGGACAGCAAUGAUAUCAAGGACACGGUGACAGCUAUCACAGAACUGGGCAGCCCUCUAGAGAUGAUCCAGUUGCUGCAGACACCCUGGGAAGAACGGUUUCGAAUCUGCCUGAGCCUGGCACGUCUGCUACACUACCUGGCCCACUCGCCACUCGGCUCCCUCACCCUGCUGGAUUUCAGGCCCAGGCAGUUUGUACUAGUGAACGGAGAGUUAAAGGUGACCGAUCUAGACGACGCCAGUGUGGAGGACACGCCCUGUUCAGGCUCUUCACCUACUGACUGCCUCUUAGAGUUCCCUGCUCGCAACUUUACCCUCCCGUGCACCAGCGGCUACUGCCAGGGUAUUAACGAGAAGAGGAAUCUAUACAAUGCUUACAGGUUCUUCUUCACCUACCUGCUUCCUCACAGUGCUCCCUCAGCCCUGAGGCCUCUCCUCGCCAACAUCGUCAACUCGACAGGGGAGCUUCUCUGGGACACAGAUGAGACUCUAGCUCACCUUGAGAAGGUGUUGGAAAUGUAUAGGAAUGGACAUUACCUUUUGAAUGACACACAGAUACACAAAAUAAAAUAUAAACAGGUGGAGGAUGUGUCUAUACCAGGAGAGAACUACCGCUGCUGGCCAUCCUAUCAGCACGACAGAUGCAUGCUGUCUGUCUACAGCGUCGAUGAGGCCAUUGGUGUGUGUGAAAGCCACUCUCAGUGCCGGGCCUUCAUCAUGACCAAUCAGAGCACAUGGACAGGCCACCAGCUUGUGCUCUUCAAAGCAGGUUUGUCCAACAUGGCUCCAGAUAAAGGAAAGCUAACGUACGUCCGGCUGGACAGCUGAGACGGAGACGGGAUGAGGAAGAGCUGUGGUCUCAUUGUGUUCUCACACUGCAGUCAUUAUGUGGACAUUUGGGAUGAGUCACCUUCAUGGCUCUCCAUCCAUCCAUCCAUCCAUCCAUCCAUCCAUCCAUCUAUUCACUAUUUUUAAAAAUUAUUUAUGCUAAAUUCAUGAGGACAUCGAACACAAUGAGACGUAAUUUAGUGCAAUGGAGUGUCUCGUUUAUCUGAGCUCCCUUCUCUGGUUUGAAUGUUGAAAAUAAUUUCAAAGUUGAAGUUGGGCCUGGUUAGGUCCUGGACCUUCACAAGUCAUCCUCAGACACACAGCCAUCAGGGAUCUAUUCUUCCUCUUUUUCAUUUCCCCAAACCACCUAUUCUUCGUGUGCAACCACGUGACAAAAUAGUUUGACGUAUGCAUCCGCUGCCAUGUUCAAUGACAUACAAAUCCAGAAUGCCGUCUCGUGUGAACAAUAACUGUGAAGCAUCCCUGACUUUCUCAAAAUAUUACGAUUCUCUGGAGUCCUCUGCCAAGUCAAGCUUCAGAGAAAAAGUUGAAAUUUGUGGUUUUGACCCAUAUAUGUUAAAGUCGUCAGAUUAUACAGAAGAUUUCUCAUCUCAUUAUCUCUAGCUGCUUUAUCCUGUUCUACAGGGUCGCAAGCAAGCUGGAGCCUAUCCCAGCUGACUACGGGCGAAAGGCGGGGUACACCCUGGACAAGUCGCCAGGUCAUCACAGGGCUGACACAUAGACACAGACAACCAUUCACACUCACACCUACGGUCAAUUUAAAGUCACCAGUUAACCUAACCUGCAUGUCUUUGGACUGUGGGGGAAACCGGAGGAAACCCACGCGGACACGGGGAGAACAUGCAAACUCCGCACAGAAAGGCCCUCGCCGGCCACGGGGCUCGAACCCGGACCUUCUUGCUGUGAGGCGACAGCGCUAACCACUACACCACCGUGCCGCCCUACAGAGGAUUUAACCUCAUUUAUUACCACCGAUUGAAUACCCUGAUACUGUGAACUAUCUCCAUCCAUCCAUUAUCUGUAGCCGCUUAUCCUGUCCUACAGGGUCGCAGGCAAGCUGGAGCCUAUCCCAGCUGACUAUGGGCGAGAGGCAGGGUGAACUCUCUCAUUCUACAAAAAAGUGCAUAAGUAAAAUGAAGUUACUGGGAUGGUAUCGCUAAUAUCUCACCUGGCAAAAUUGACCCACAUUGUUCUCCUUGUGUAUCCAAAUUCGCUAAGGUUUGCGCUGCUUCUAAUCUGGCUUUCUUGGCAGAUCUUUCAUUUAUCCUGUUGCUUCUUGAUACUGCGAGAUGAGUUUUCGUCUUGAUCUUAUCGUGUCCUAAUUUGAGUCUUGGUACCCAAUCUGGAUUUGUUUUAUUGCAUAGGUUUGCCGGUUCUCCUGCAAGGUGAGGAGCAGAGUGUUUGCGCUAAAGCUCAAAAGUUCAAUUUAAUCAGCAGCUUCAAUUAGUAAUGAACUCUUACCAGAUAUAAAGUGGUCAUCACACACGCGGGUGUAAUUAGCUUCUUCCUCAGUUAUACGCUCGGCGUUCCCUGGACAGUUCUUCAUCUCUUUUGUCGCCGUUUUUAAUUAUCUGGGAAUUCUGACGAACCAUUUCUCUUGGUCACGAGUAGCAUUAUUCUGCAAUUAUAUACAGUGCCUUGCAAAAGUAUUCAUCCCCCUUGGUGUUUGUCCUGUUUUGUUGCAUUACAAGCUGGAAUUAAAAUGGAUUUUUGGGGUGUUAGCACCAUUUGAUUUACACAACAUGCCUACAGCUUUAAAGGUGCACAUUUUUUUUUUUUUAUUGUGACACAAACAAUAAUUAAGAUGAAAAAAUAGAAAUCUGGAGUUUGCAUAAGUAUUCACCCCCUUUCGUAUGAAACCCCUAAAUAAGAGCUGGUCCAACCAAUUCACUUCAUAAGUCACAUAAUUGGUUGAUUAAGAUCCACCUGUGUGCAAUCAAAGUGUCACAUGAUCUGUCACAUGAUGUCUGUAUAAAUCAACCUGUUCUGGAAGGAUCCUGACUCUGCAACACUACUAAGCAAGCAACAUGAGAACCAAGGAGCGCUCCAAACAGGUCAGAGACAAAGUUGUGGAGAAGUAUAGAUCAGGGUUGGGUCAUAAAAAAUAUCCCAAACUUUGAAUAUCCCACAGAGCACCAUUAAAUCCAUUAUAGCAAAAUGGAAAGAAUAUGGCACCACUACAAACCUGAAAAGAGAAGGCCGCCCACCAAAACUCACAGACUGGGCAAGGAGGGCAUUAAUCAGAGAUGCAACAAAGACACCAAAGAUAAACCAUCCCAGUAACUUCUGAAGGAGCUGCAAAGAUCCACAGCAGAGAUGGGAGGAUCUGUCCAUAGGAUCACUUUAAGUCGUACACUCCACAGAGUGGGGCUUUAUGGAAGAGUGGCCAGAACAAAGUCAUUGCUUUAUAAAAUCACAUUUGGAGUUUGCCCAACAGCAUAUGGCAGACUCCCCAAACACAUGGAAGAAGAUUCUCUGGUCAAAUGAGACAAAAAUUGAACUUUUUGUCCAUCAUGGGAAAUGCCAUGUGUGGCGCAAACCCAACACCCUGAGAACACCAUUCCUACAGUGAAGCAUGGUGGUGGCAGCAUCAUGCUGUGGGGAUGUUUUUCAUCUGCAGGGACAGGAAAGCUGGUCAGGAUUGAAGGAAAGAUGAAUGGCACUAAAUACAGGGCAAUUCUGGAGGAAAACCUGUUGGAGUCGGCCAGAGGUUUGAGACUGGGACGAAGGUUCACGUUCUGGCAGGACAAUAACCCUAAACAUACUGCUAAAGCUACACUGGAGUGGUUUAAAGGGAAACAUUUAAAUGUCUUGGAAUGGCCUCGUCAAAGCCCAGACCUCAAUUCAACUGAGAAUCUGUGGCAUAACUUGAAGAUUGCUGUCCACCAACGCAACCCACCUAACUUGAAGGAGUUGGGAGCAGUUUUGCCUUGAGGAAUGGGCAAAAAUCCCAGUGGCUAGAUGUGCUAAGCUAAUAGAGACAUACCCCAAGAGACUUGCAGCUGUAAUUGUAACUUAUGCACACUCCAGAUUUCUGUUUUUUUUCAUCUUAAUUAUUGUUUGUGUCACAAU